AAAAUUAGUAACGACUAUCGGAGCAGCCAUGGGUGAUCUGUAGUGACCCGUAUUGCCAGGAAAACACAAAACAUUAGUUUUUGUAGUAGCUUUGUAUCGAUAAUUUGUUCAAUGAACGUCAGUUCUUCGUUGUGAAUCUUUGAUUGACGUAAGCACGUCCCGUUUGUCAAAUAAACUUGAUCAAUAGCGAUAUCGAUAAACAGCAGGAAUAAUUAGGAAACUUCGUCGUAUAAAGUUAUGGCUUAAAAUUGCAAUACCAAUGUCAAGGUUGAAUAUAUUUGACGCAUUAAAGUGAGCCUUUGAAAGAUGUACGAAAAUCUGUUCAAGAAUCCUCUUCAUCGCGUGUUCGUGUACGGAACACUGAAACGGGGAGAGCCGAAUCACAAUCUGAUACAAGACACAAAAAAUGGAUAUGCGAAGUUUUUGGGAAUUGGAAGAACCUUGACUCCAUAUCCAUUAGUAAUUGCUACUAAAUAUAACAUACCGUUUCUAUUAAAGAAACCAGGAAUCGGUCAUCUUGUGUUUGGAGAAGUAUACGAUGUUGACACGAAAAUGUUAAAAAAACUGGACGAAUUGGAAGAGCAUCCCGCGUUGUACGAACGAUUUCAGGAAGACAUUCUUUGGGCUGCCGAGUCUAAAGCUAAAUCGACCAAUAACUUCGAAGAGGUCGGUAUCUUGACAAGGGUCUGGAUAUAUUUUCUUCCACAGUUUAAAACGUCCCUGUUGGAUGGGCCCUUGUACAGUUCGUAUACUAACGAGGGAAGCCAUGGACUGAAGUAUUGCGAAAAGUAUGUUCGUGAUCCCUCAUACGAUCACAGAAAAGAAGUUCAGUGAUAGUGAUUCCCAAAACUAUGUAUUUCUUUCCAGCGACGAGAGUACGAUAAGACCAGAAGAUUUACGUUGACCCAAGCGUUUUUACAAGUCCCUUCUAUUGCCUGCCUCUUUUUAGAUGAUCAUGGCAAUUAUCAUGGCAGUAUAUUGUUAUUCGUUGUAAACAAUAAAGUCAUUUGUUGAAUCGAA